AUGAGGAUGUUAAAUCAGCCUGCAGCAUAUCCAGUACACCCAGACUUUUAUGAAGUCGAAAACCCUAAUGGAACAUAUGAAAAUGUUUUCGACCAAGAUGCUAUUAUUGUUCAUGCUUCAUUUUCUGGCGCCCAAAACUCUUUCUUAUGCUUGGCAAAUGACUUUUACGAAAAACCUACAAAGUUAUAUGAACCGCCGAGUGGAAGUAUUUCAGACUUUCAAGUAUGGUUUACUACAGAUGGAAGAAAAAGAAUAAUUCCAUUAUACCAUGCGUUUUACUUAGAACUUAGUUUCAUAUACAACUACUAUCGAACGGUAAAAAUAUAA